AUGUCUACCGUCCGAGAAAACAAAAGGUGGUAUCACAUCAAGUGGUUCGCCGACCAAGAUACUGAGGAAGAGCGACGACUUAUUCUGAAACUCGAUGCAUUAAUCGUCCCCUAUGCUUUUCUGGCCUACUGGGUCAAGUACGUCGACCAGGCGAAUAUCAACAAUGCGUACGUCUCCGGCCUUCAAGAAGACUUACAGCUCCAUGGCAAUGAGCUUGUAGAGUUGCAGACCAUGUACACCGUUGGCGCGGUCAUCGGCCAGUUACCGUUCGCAUAUCUUUUCACCAAAUUUCCCAUGUCGUGGGUGAUUCCUUUUCUGGAUAUCAUGUGGGGUGUCUUCACACUGCUGCAAUACCGAGCGAGAUCCUUCGGCGAGAUGAUGGCUUACCGAUUCCUUGUGGGCUGGUUUGAGGCGGCGUUCUUCCCAGGGAUGCACUAUAUAUUCGGAGCUUGGUACCGCGGCGAUGAGAUUGCUCGCCGGGGAGGAUGUUUUUAUGUCGGACUCACCCUGGGCACGCUCACAGCGAGUCUGAUUCAAGCGGGCACGUCAGCAAGACUCGACGGCGUCCACGGAUUGGCGGGUUGGCGAUGGAUGUACAUCAUCUGUGCCAUCAUCACCAUCCCCAUUGGAGUUCUAGGUUACUUCAUUCUCCCCGGAACACCCGACAAGCCAAACAGACUGGUAAUCAACGAGAAGGACAUUCAGCUUUCCAAAGCCCGUCUCUCGCGCGCAGGCCACACAUUCCAGGGUAAGUUCACGCUGCGGUCCCUGACAAAUGUCCUUCAAAACUGGAAGUUCUGGGCAUUGCUGUUGUUGGACAUUUUCUUCUGGAACGGCAGCAUUAACACUUCAGCUGGUGGCUAUCUGCUGUGGCUAAAGAGCUUGAAGAGGUACUCAACAAGCCGUUUGAACGAGCUGGGUGCCAUUUCCCCAGCUCUCGGAAUGUUCUAUACGCUGUUCAUCUGCUUCGCGUCUGAUCUCGUACUUGGUCCCGCAUGGGCAAUCACCGUCGCUCACGUCUGGAAUAUUAUUGGUCUGGUCAUUCUGGUCACUUGGGACGUCCCCGAGUCUGCGCUCUGGUUCGCCUUCAUCACAACAUACUCGGCCGUGUCCAUGUCCAGCGUAUUGUAUGGCUGGGUAAAUGAGCAACUGCGUUAUUCGCCAGUGGAACGCUCCAUAACACUUGUCAUACUGAAUACCGUUGCACAGUCGACCACGGCCUGGACCCCACUGUUAGUGUUCAAGACAGUCGAGGGUCCCAGAUUCAAGAAGGGCUACUCUUUCGUCCUUGGGAAUGCUAUAUGCCUGAUUGCACUGGCUCAUGUCAUCAGGUACUUCAUCGCCCGCCAGGACAAGCGCCAAAAGGCAAGAGAUUCUGCGGACGCGAGCGACUCGGACGCGGUCCGCGAUCCAGAAUCUACCCUGGUCGUAACAGCUGUCGAGCCAAGCAAGACUGGCUCGGGCUGA